AUGGGUGGAGGGCAUGGCAACAACCACUUGCGAUGCAUCUAUUAUUCUCCAAUUCCUCAAGAGACACAUAUUCACCAGAUAUGGGGUAGCUACACCCUAUCACCCCAGACCAAUGGCCAAGCUGAUUUGGCUAAUCAAGAGCUGAAGAGGAUUUUAGAAAAGACAGUGGGAACCACAAGAAAGGAUUGGGCCAGAAAGCUAGAGGAUGCUCUUUGGACAUAUAGGACAGCAUUCAAAACUCCUAUUGGGAAAUCACCUUUCCAGAUGCUGUAUGGCAAGUCCUGUCACCUCCCUGUAAAGCUAGAACACAAAGCAUACUGGGCCAUUAAGCUCCUCAACCUUGAUUUUCAGGCAGCGGGAGAGAAGAGGCUAUUGCAACUGAAUGAGUUGGAUGAAUUCAGGUUAGAGGCCUAUGAGAAUGCCAAGAUAUACAAGAAAAAGGUCAAGAGCUGGCAUGACAAAAGAAUCUCAAAGAAGGAGUUCAAACCAGGGCCGUAA